AUGGCCUCCGGAGCUUCAGAUGCGUCACUGCACCCCUUUACCACCGUCUUUCCAGGGUCGGCCCCACAAGAAUCGGCCCCGGUCGCCGAAGCCCAAGUAGACGAGAUCCGGGGUGGAAAGGACGAGCUGAGCGUGAGGAAAACAACAGCAGGCGACAGAGCUUCAGAGACGACCUACAAGUUGGUAGAUGCGUAUCCUCUCGACAUCGUCCCGGAGUUUGAGCUGCGGGACAAAUCCCGGGCUUGCAGAGAGCGAUUCAAGGAAUGCCUGUCCCUUCUCAACCUCGCCCACCACGACUGGCUGGAGCAGCGAUCGGCCGAGUUCAACUGGUGGAUCUCGGGCCUAAAUGCCGACAAGACCGGACCGGGGUCUCUCGACGCCCGGCUGAGCUUGCGCCCCGACGUCACAGCCGUUAUUGUCGAUGCACUCGAUGGGCUUAAGGAUGCCCUGCACGCGUACCACGAUUUGGCUACUUCUGAUCCUCACAGUCUCACUGAGGCCGAUGCUGAUUCCACCGCUUCGGAUGGAGUGGACCGUGCGCCAUCGCCGUGGUCUUGUAUGGGCUCCGGCGGCGGGGAAGGUCCCGCCUCUGCCGUUGGCGACGGAGAAGAGAAGGACGAGGAAAUAGAGGAUGCCGAGUAUCAGCGUAAAGACGCGCAUUUGCCCUUGUCCAGCGACGAGUACGCCGAGCAACGAGCUUACAUUGAGAACAACUUGGUAGUCCUCAUCCGCAUUUAUACCGCCAUUAAGCUUUCUGGCCUGAAGCUCAGGAAUAAGCGCGCCGACGAUGCGCUGAAGCAAGCCGAGCAGGAGUACGAGCGACAGAAGCUCACAAUAGGAGCGCACAAGGCCCUUGCAAGCCAGGACGGAGGGCAUGAACGAUUCCGACGCUACCUCACCAAGCUGGUGCUACGUAACGACUACACGGAGGAUCUGAUACGGGGUUUGAGCUUCAUGAUUUACCAGUCAGGCGAGGCGAAGUGGGACCCAAAUGUCACAGAGUCGCGAGACUGGGAAGACUCGCAAGACCCAGAAUGUUCGCAAUAUGCCCGAGAGUUGAACGAGGGCCAAAUAGGAGAAAGUUACGAAGUGUUGCUCCAGAAGAAGCUCUUGGUCGUGCUUCGUGCAUACUUAUGCGACCCAGCCAGGCUGACUAUCGUCCAGCGCCGGCUUAUCGACGCCAACGUCGUACGGCGAAACCGCCUUGUCCACGCCGGCAGUGCGAGCAUGGCAUCACCCCAUGCGCCGAAGGGGCUAACCCAACCCGCGCGACAGAUCGAGCCCUUAAACAAGAGUAUAGCCCAGCGGAGCUCUUUGAUGGCGGGAAACGUCACCUCAAGUUCGUAUAAUCUCGUGUCAUCUACGGCAUCACGGCCUGUUACGCAGUCCAAUCAUGGCGCCCAGGCCACCAAGAGCUUUGUGGCGCAGGCUGCUACGGCUCUCGAGUCGAGGUUCAGCAUUACAGGCGCCCUGACACCCGCGGUCCGAAGCACGGCCAGGUCGGCGGGCACCAAGAUUGGCCACGUGGCGCAAGACCUUUGCGGAUAUGUCUGCGUCUUCGAAGACUGCGAGUCCCCCGAGGAUAUGUUUGCCUCCACGUAUGCAUGGAUGUCGCACAUGGCGCGGUCCCACUCCGAGGUCGAAUGGGUGUGCCUCCUGUGCGCCAAUCAUCGCCUCCCUGCAGACGAUAUCCAAGCCGCGUCCUUCACCGUCCCCUCAGAGCUUCGGGACCACAUCUUGGCCUGCCAUCCCGCCACUGAUGCUAACGGGAGCCUGACGGAGCUGGAGCUAGUGGUCAGCGCAGGCCAACGGGCUGUGGGUAUCCGUAAGGUCCGUUGCCCGCUCUGUCGGCCGGGCCUCGUGACCAGCGAGGAAGGUAUCGACGGCUCCGUCCCGUCUUUCCUCCCGGCGGGCCGAGAGGCGGGGCUGGUGCAGUUGGAGGAAGACCAGCAUAUUGCCACUCACAUUCACGAGUUCGCGCUGCACGCUUUCCCAUCGGCGGACGGCGAGGAGCUAUCAGAGGAAGCGACAUGGAGGGAUUCCGUUCCGUCCGAGCCAAGCACCAGUGUCGAAAUCAACCUUGAACGGCUGCGUAGACCCGAAAGUUCGUUCCAGGGGCAAGCGUUCGCGUAUUACACCAUAGAAAACAUACAAGACGCGAUAGAAGAGCUGAACGCCACAUGUCUGCGGGUGCAAGCGCCUGACUGGAUACAAGCAGAUAGCUCUGUGCGGCUCGAUGUCAUGGCGGGAAGAUUGAACGAUCUGAUUCUCAGUCUCCAACUGGCGCAGGGGGAAGUGGAUCUUGACGACUUUGCGUGGAAGCUGAACAAAUGCCAAGUCCUGUUUUCCCAGCUGAGCAACUUACCGGACUCGGUGUGGGAAGGGCCGCAGGUUAAAGAACUGCUGGAAGAGUUAGACGAGGAAAUGCAGCAGCUGGAUUCCUUGUGCGAGACUGGUCGACAGCGUGAAGGACAGCAACUGUCUCCUUCGCCAGACUUGCCUUUCGACCGGAAGCAAUUAUCACCCAAUAUGAAUCCCACACUGACCUCGAUCGGCUCCCUUCAGUCAGCCUUAAGAGAUGCGGAAGUGGAGAUAAGGAACCAAAGAGACGCCAAGAAGUACAAGUGGAUACCCAUUUCCUCAAUUGACGAGAUACUUGAGGGCCACAGCAUCGAUGUGGAGGAUGAGGUGCACGGCUUUAUAUUCAAGAAGGCCAAGAGGCUUUUCUCUCUUCUUGUCCGCCAGAGUCACUUCGAGUGGCUACCUCUCUUUCAUGCCAAUGACUUCGGGGACGAGGAUUUCCCUAUCAACUUCAGUGUCGACAGAAAAUCUCAAGUAUGGGCCUUGAAGUCGUGCAAAACUGGCAAGGCAAUUAGCUUUGAGGUUACCGACAGAGAAGUCAAUGGAAUCAGCCGAAAGGACUACGACUCACUCUGCGACUUCUGCGACUACCACCAAUGGUUGAUAUUUGUGCCAAUCUUCUCUCCUGACGAUCGAGCUCAGGUGUUCGAUCCACUCUGCCGUAUGCCCUUCUUGCAGGAGUUCGAAUCCCAUGGGACCAACUUCAGCAUUGUCAGGCAUUUCGUUAUUCACCGAAGCCAUCUUAACUUUCCACGGGAUGAUCAGAUUGGAACAAUAGUAGAUGCGGAGGACAACCCUCACAUCGCUGUGAAAGAGAUAUUGUCUGCGCAAGGUCUGACGGCCAACAAAUUUCAAGAGCUCGCCAAUAACGAGGCGACUCCUCUUGCACGUCUACGAGACCAGAGUCACCCACACUUACUUCGAGUCAUUGCCAGCUACACCCAAGACCGUCGGCACUUCUUCGUUUUCCCUUGGGCUAGAGGUGGCAAUCUGCGCAAUUUCUGGAAAUCGCAGCCCAGCUUGAGCGCUGUAUCAGAUGAUACCAGCACCGAAGACUGGAACAUUUACUUGGAAUGGUUCUUCAAGCAGCUGCUCGGUCUUGCGAGCGCCAUAAAGAACCUUCACCAUCCGAGAGAUGACCCAAAUGAGUCUUGCAGGCACGGCGACCUAAAACCUGAGAACAUUUUGUGCUUCAGCAAGAAUGAGGAUGAAAUUGGCGAAGGUAGAAUUCCGACAGGCGUUCGGCUCGUUGUCGGUGAUGCUGGACAUGCCAAAGCACAUGAGAUGACCACUGAGUUCCAAGGUUCCCCAACGGCUGAAUCAAGAGGCACGGUAAUGUACUCGCCUCCAGAGGCGGACAUCAAACAAGCUAGAACCAGAAGAUACGACAUCUGGUCCCUUGGCUGUCUGUAUAUUGAGUCCCUUAUCUGGAUGAUAUAUGGCUACGAUGCGCUGAAGUCUUUUCAUUCAGAUGUCGGUCCUGGAGAGCCCUACUUCUUUAAAGAUUCGCCUGUCGAUCUCAAAGAUGCCGUGAAAGAAUGGAUCAAGGCAAUCAAAAUGGAUCCUCGCUGCGCUCCCGUCGAGAAGACUGCCGUCGGACGUCUAGUCACUUUGAUUGAAGAGAGAAUGCUAGUCGUCCGAGUCACGAACCGCGGGGUGCCAGCCCGUGAAAACUCGGACACGGAGCAUUCGACAGCUCCCAUGCUCCUUCUCAGACGAGCUACAGCGGACAUGUCAGAGGAAAUUCCCGAAAGAGCCGAUGCUAAGGAAGUCUACGAAGAGAUGGAGAGAAUAUUCGAUGCCGGCAAGCAUAAUCAGGGUCUGGCAUGGAUGGUUCGGGAUAGGGAAGCUUCUGCACGUGGGCCCCCUAUCAUCACAAGAGGUCUAGCUGCUAGCGACAACAAAAGACUUUCAAGAGCACGAGAAUUUCAAAAAUAG